AUAUACCGAAAAGCACGGGCGGCGUGCAAGUGGUUAAUAGAAUUUACGAAGGUUGAAGAUCUAUUCUCAGGGGCUAAUCCAAGAUCACAGUUUCCAUAGAAUUAAUAGUGUAAGACUAAGGUACUACGCAGAAUAUCAGAUUACAUAACAAUACUAAGCCUCAUCAUGGGCGGCAUGGGUAUUCAUGGCAUUGAAGCAAAUUGGUAAGGCAGCUUCGUGGUUUUGAGAGACGUGGAGGAUUGGGGGCGGCUUGAACGUCGAUGUGAUUGGAUAAGUAGGCUGUGAAUGCACAGCCAUAUCAUUUAGAUCUCACCUGGGGUUUUUGGGUUUUUCCCUUCUUCUUAUUUCGUCGCUUUUCCAGUGUGCCUAGUUUUCACUUGGUCAUCAACAUCUAAUAUGAACCAUCCUGAAUCAUGGAUCCUGUCACGGCGUUUGCUACGGCAGGCACCGUGGCUACUUUCGUUCAGAUGGGUUAUCAUAUCGUUGUAAACACAUAUACAAUUUACAACACUGCGUCAGGAAUGGCCAGAGAAGAUGAGCAACUUGGAUUCUAUAUCGAGAAGUUAGGAAAGCUUUCUCAAUCGAUGAUUUCAGCAAGCUCCGCCCCUGAUCUUAACGAUGCAGAGCAAGGGAUGGAGAGCGUUGCGUCGAAAUGUAUCAGUCUUUCAAAUCGACUGGUUGAGAUUCUCAACCGGUCGACGACCAAAGAUCCACAUUCGCUUCGCCAAAGUGCCGUCGCAGCCGUCCAAAGCGUUCUGAACAAGAGCAAAAAGGAAGAGCUAAAGAAGGAGUUGGAUGAAUGUCAAAGGCUGUUCCACUUGCAAUUAUCUCACAUGAUAAGCUCAAACACGAUCCAGAGUCUAAAGGAGCUCGAUGAACUAUCCAAGUCCAGCCAAUAUAUUGGGAGCGAAGUAGCAGCUCUUCGCCAACAUAUUCUUGAAUUAGAGAACGGUGUCACCCUGACUGACAUCGGAGAAGAAGCUGCGAACAAACUCGCCGGCCUCUUAAAACUAUCUAGCGACUCUCUAGCAUUGAUCAAGAGCCAUAGUAUUCUAGAGGCUCUUUCCUUUCCGAAGAUGCAUCAAAGGUACGAGGCGGUCGGAAAGGCACACUCGGAAACCUUCGACUGGAUCUUCCAGGAUAAUCCGGAGAGAAGCCCAAAAGCUCUACAAGGAAAGAUACUCUUCACAAACUGGUUGAGUUCCGGGAAAGGGGUUUUCCACAUUGCUGGUAAACCUGGGUCGGGAAAGUCGACUCUCAUGAAAUUUAUAUACAAACAUAAGAAAACAAAGGAUUUGUUAAAUUCAUGGGCAGCUGGCCGAAAACUCAUUCAAGGCAAGCACUUCUUCUGGCGACCCGGAGAAGAUAAUUUAGAGCACUCGAUCGUUGGGUUGUUGCAAACACUUCUUUGCGACGUUCUUGAAGAAUGCCCCAAACUUGUUCCUCUCACCUUUCCCAAACAAUGGGCUGCAAUCAAGGAUCUUCCGCAUCCAAUUCUAGCGAAGAUUCGCUUUGAUUGGGAGGAUAUUCAUGAAGCUUUUGAUCGACUGAUAGACAACCGCGAUCUUUUCGAAACCCGAUGUUUCUUCUUCAUGAUUGACGGCCUCGAUGAAUACCAAGAAACGCGCGACGAAGGGUAUAAGCAACUCAUCAGGUUGAUCUUGAAUUGGACCGAAAAAGCGCCCGAUCAAAUCAAAGUGUGUGUCUCGAGCCGGGAACAUACUGUGUUUUUGGACCAUUUCUCCGAAACACAGGGCCUGAGAUUGCAAAGCUUAACCUCGGAAGACAUAUACAAAUACGUUCAAGAAAAGCUUGAGUCCAAUCGAAACUUCCGCGAAAUGAAAAAUCCGCAAGGUGACGCAGAUAGAUUGAUCACUAAAGUCACACGGAAGGCCGAGGGGGUUUUCCUCUGGGUUGCCUUGGUGGUGAAAUUGUUGGAUGACGCCUGCGAUGACGAAGAUAGCUUUGAGGAGCUUGAACAAAAAAUUGACUUGCUCCCCCCCGAACUCAAAGGUUUAUUUGAUGAGUUGUUCAGCUCCAUUCAUGAAUCGGAUCGGGAUAAGUCAGCUCAAACAUUCGCUAUUGCACUCAAACUUCUGAAGAAUAAGCACGGCAUGCGAUUUUCUCUCCUACGAUACUCCCUUCUAGAUAACUACAACGUCGACCCUCUAUUCGCCUCAAAUCUCAACUCCUCAAACCAGACUUUCCUGGAUUGGGAUGAUGUGGCUAUUGAAAAACGACUAAAAAGGGCUCGUAAACAGUUAUAUAAACGAUGUAAAGGACUCCUAGAAGUUGUGCAGUCCGAUGUGGAUCCCUUAUCUAAUGACAGAGAGAAAUUUCCUCUUCACACCAAGACCGAAAAAUUUUAUGAGUGUUUCAAGUUCACACCCCUUUCACAACGCAUUUCACUUAUUCAUCGGUCUGUCCAGGAGUACUUGGAAGAAAAACAUAUUUCAGAUGACCGAGCCGCCAGGACCAAGAACUUCGAUGCUGUCCACGCAAUUUGCCAAACUUACGUGGCUGAGUUGACUGCUCUCAAACUGGAAAAACCUGACCUUGAUGAUAAGUCUUACUGCUGUGAACUACUAGAUAUCAUCCGUAUAUUUUUAGAAGCGGGCCUAGAUGCUGUGCGGAAAGGAUGGAUCGCUACCCUCCAAAAUUUGGACAGAGCAAGACUUCGACAUUCCAAUCAAUACGAGCUUGGUUUUAUCCCUCUCUCACCACAUAGUACGGAAUUCGGGAUAUCCAUUAAUAAUGUGUUCUCUGUUGCUCAUAUUGCAGCUUGUCAUGGACUUGACACAUUCUUCACAACGUGGGAGGACCCCUGCAAUUCUAUCUUGGACAAGGACAUCAAGAAUGGGAGCCUUGCCUUAUCCAUCGUCACCGGGCUAAGAGGGUAUGCUUUCGAUCCAAACCCUAAGAGAUACAUAACAAUUUUCCGUUGGUUAUUCGACCACGGAUGCUCUCCAAACCAGGCUGUUCUCCAAUGCUACGGCGGCAGUCUAUGGUGGGUCCUUCUUAACGUGCUGUACAUUGACAAUGGACCCCUGAUAAUAUUCAAUGUACUCGAAUUAUUUCUGGAGUAUGGUGCAAAUCCUGAUUUCUCAUUCGCUAUCGAAGAAGUCGUUCAGGAAGACAGAAAAGAAUCAAGGGUAAAGAUUACACCACCGGCGGCUGUAGGAACUUCGACUACAACUUCGUUCAUCUUCCUCAUUGAUGAAUAUUUUGACUGGGACACGAAACUCUACCAAAUAGUGUCUUCUAGAGGUGGAAAAGCUACGUUGCGGGAAUAUAUCGAGGACAUGAGACUGCCAAAUGUGGAGGCUCUUCUUGUCCUCAUCGAUAGAAACAUGAAUGCUCAGCAGCUAGAUCCACAGACCCUGGCCCAUCCCCAAGACGUUCUACCCAAAAUUCUCCCUCCCGAACAAGAAACAGACAUAGAAGCGUUAGUGGAGGGGCCAGCCGAUGAAGAAGACUCAAAAUCCGGUGAUAAGAAGAUAGAGAUCAUCACAGCGAAACACGCAGGGACAGAGACGACCACAUGUCUCAAGCGGUUGAUAAACAGUCCUUUAGCCACGUUCAUUCUUGGCAUAUUCUUCUCCUACUGUUUCUUUAAAUUGUAUGGAUAGAGGGCACCUUAAAGGGUAUACUUGCGGUCCUCAGGCUCUGACGGAAGACAUGAUUCCUUAUGAUGUGCAUAGACUUGUGAAUAGAAAUUUUUGAGAUUUGAGAUUUAAUGUAAGGUCUAUUCAGUUGAGACCCAAAAUGCAUUACCCACGUAGGUACCUCUUUGGAGAUGGUUACGAUAGGCAUACAUCAAGGAUCGUAAGGCCCCACUGCUCUUCUCCCAGUCAAUAAUUCAGCGUUACCGUCUUCCUUAACGAGGUAGAUAUCUUCGUGACGAACUCCGAAUUUCCCUUCUAGAUAGAUACCAGGUUCAUUU